CCAAGCCAUGCAUGCCAUUCACAAGCAAGCCCACAACAAAUGGAACCCCAAGGCCCUGGCGCGAAGCCCGCAACAGGACGAACGAGAAAACAACCAAUCCAAGAAGACGCGAAAUAUUUUUAUCGCCCGAUCGCAGACAAACACACAUAAACACCCUCUGUCCGGGGGAGGGAGCGCGGCCUAGAAAGAGUCUCGGCGUUCUGUUGCCAACCACACCUGCCGGCGUCGUCAAGAAUUCUGUUGUCUUUUUCAUUCCUCAGCGGAUGGACGAGCACUACAUGCGAUGCUAGCUUGAAGACCCGCACGCACGCAAGCACGCACCACCAAUCAACCAGAACACCACCACCCCAGCAGCAGCCAGUCAGUGCACGUGUUUCUUAUGGCGAAAAAACGUUUCAAUCAAGAGAGAUGAUGCCAACACCCCCCCACAGCAACAACACAAUUGGCGACGUCUCUAUCUUCUGUUAUUAAUAGUUGCGCGGUCUCGAUGUUAACCAAAGAAAAUACACAACACCACACGCACACAGGGGGGGGGGGGGUGUUCAUUCGUUGUGGAGGAACGACUCGAUCCCCACCGUCAACACACGCAACCAACCGCCUACCCCCCGCCAACGACUUCGACCACGACGAAGAGACAAACGAUAUAUACCCAAACCGGGCGGCGGAAUCGACAAGCCCCCGGAGGCAGCGAAAAGGCACAAAAAAUCGACAAUAACAUUGUCGCGCGACACACACGCA